UAUUAAGGAGAAGUUACAACUAGAUACUUCAGACAAAUGUUAAAAUUGGAAAAACAGAAAUUCACAACGUCUUCAAACAAAUCAAAUAACUUUAAUAUGCCUACACAUCCAAUAUUAGAAUUUGGUAUGAAUUCAAAUUUAGAUGUUAAUUAUAGUUCUAUAUCACAGUCUCUUAAUGUAAUAGAAAAUUCUUUAGUUACAUCAGUACCUAAUAAUGAAUCGUGUUCUGGAAAUUUUAGUGAUAUAGAUGAUAUUUAUUUUUCAAAUGUUAAUGUGGAUUCUGAAGAUAAUUCUUUAAUAAAGGAUGUAUCAUUUAGUAUUGAAGAUGAAUUAAGGUCUUGGGUAUUGAAAUUUAAAGUAUCUCAUAAUAGUGCAAAUUGUAUACUUAGAAUAAUUAAUUCUGCUGGUAUUAAUGUACCUAAUGAUAUUCGAACUCUAAUGAAAACUCCUAAAACGCACAUAAUUUCAAAUAUAGGUCAUGGGUCUUAUAUUCAUUUAGGCUUAGAAAACAUGAUAUCUCCUUUAUUAAAAAAAUACAAUAAUUUAAUCUAUACCCCAAAUAUUGUUUUAAAGAUUGGUAUUAAUUUGGAUGGUCUACCAUUAUCAAGAAGUUCGAAGAGUCAACUUUGGCCAAUCUUAAUUGCAUUUACAAAUUGUAACUUAUUAUCAGAAUAUGUACUUCCAAUUGGAAUAUUCCAUGGAAAUACCAAACCAAAGUCAAUUCAUGAAUUUUUAAAUCCAUUUAUUACAGAUCUUUCAAUAUUAUUAAAUAAUGGCUUAACUAUCGGUGGAAAUUUGUAUCAGUUUGGUGUUGGUCAUGUAAUUUGUGAUUCUCCAGCUAAAAGCUUUGUACUUAAUGUGAAAUCAUUUAAUGCUUAUUUUGGAUGUACUUCAUGUACUCAGGAAGGUUCGUUCAUAAAUAAUAGAAUGUCAUUUUUAGAAAUAGAAUCGCCUCUUAGAACCGAUGAAUCAUUUCGUUCUAAAACACAGGAAGAAUAUCAUAAAGGUAGUAGCCCUCUUGAAUUAUUACCUAUAAAUAUAAUUAACGAUGUGUGUCUUGAUUAUAUGCAUAAUGUUUGCCUAGGUGUAACAAAACGUUUGUUAGAGUUUUGGGUUAAAGGUAAGAAGGACGUUAGAUUAGCUGAGGAAAAUAAAGUUAAAAUAUCUAAUAAUUUGAUGAAUCUACGAUUGUACGUCCCAUCUGAAUUUAGUCGUCUGCCUAGAGAAUUAGAUAGUAUAGAAUACUAUAAAGCUACUGAAUUAAGAAUGUUUGUUCUACACUCAGGAUUAAUAGUUUUAAAAGGAUAUUUAAAUAAAUUAAAGUAUUCUCAUUUUAAACUCUUGGUAUGUGCAGUAAGAAUUUUGAUAUCUCCUGAAAUAUGUCAAACUUCAAAUAAUUUAGCUCAAAACUUACUGAAUGAAUUUGUUUCUCAGUACUCUUCUUUGUAUGGGGCUCAUUCUGUGACUUAUAAUGUUCAUAGCUUAUUACAUCUUCCUAUUGACAUUGUUAUGGUUAACCACAUUGUUAAACCAAAAAAUGAAUCAUCUUUUAUAUUAAUUGUUCAAAAAUUUUUAAAUCCAUCUCCAAUUUUUACUGAGCCUAUUGUAUCUACCAUAUUUGGCUUAUAUACUAUAAAUACUAAUAAUUUGUCAAUUCAUAUUUCUGAUAUAAAAUACAAAUGUUUUUUUAUUCGUAUAUCUAAUGAACAAGCAGUUAUAUUAACUUUAAAUCAUUCACUUUCAGAAAUACCUUAUUAA